AUGGCAGCACCAAUGAACACUAUUGCUGUGUUCGACAUACCAGAGACAAGCGAUAUCAGUAACAUAGUUGGGAUGAUUAACAACCAAACACGUGUUAACAUGGAAGCUAUCGAAAUGAUAUCGCCAACACAAGCAUAUGUGAAGUACGAGAACCCACAGCUGUGCGCCAAGGCUUUCCAAUUUUUUUGUCAAGGGCAAAGUGGGAUGAGAGCGGUGCCAGCACUCCCUGAUAAUAUCAUCGACUUGCCACUUGCAAAGAAACUUGCAUCAAUGAACUUCUUGUGCUCAAAGAGUAGUUUAGAUUUGUCAUGUGUUCCACCCGAGUAUAUGGUCGCAUUAGAUUGA